UCUAUAGCCAUUCCAGUCCUCAUGGACUUUCUCCUCAAUACAAUAUCUUCCACUUCAUGAAAGAACUGAUCAUUUAUAUCAAUCCAUUUGUCUUUUAUGCUUCCUUACAAUGGACCCCCAGUUAAUAGACCCCCAGUCAACAGCCCUCCAGUCAACAGCCCUCCAGUCAACAGCCCUCCAGUCAACAACCCUCCAGUUAAUAGACCUUCAGUUAAUAAACCUCCAGUUAACAGCCCUCCAGUCAAGAGCCCUCCAGUCAAUAGCCCUCCAGUCAAUAGCCCUCCAGUCAACAGACCUCCAGCCUAUGGGCACCCAGCCAACGCGCACCCAGCCAACGGACACCCAGCCAACGGACACCCAGCCAACGGAACAGUAAACGGGCAUAAGGUACUAGUAGUCAAUGAGAGCACAGCCAACAGGCACCCACCCAACGGACAUACGGUACUGGUAGUCGAUAGCAGCCGAGCCAACGAGGGCCCAGCCAAACAGCCAGCAACCGAGCAGCCAGCAACCGAACAGCCAGCGACUGAAGAGACCGCCAGCGAGCCAGCUGUCCCUGCUACCCCACCCCGUCUUCAUCUGAGGAAUCGGCUCACGAGAGUGCGGCCAACCCACCUGCAUCUGAAUAAACGCGAUCCGCUCUGUGUCGCCUCUGUCUGCUUGCCUGCCUGCACGCCAUGGUGUUCCAGUGGUGUUCCUCUUUCAUUCACCUUUGUUUUGUUAUAGCUUUAUCACUUGUAUCGUCCUGCUCAACCAUGUCGAUAUUCAUCGGCCACGUUUGGGUGUUCAGCAUGUUUGGCAUCAUCUUAGGUUGGUUUUCUUUGGGACAUGGCUCUUUUUUUGAAUUUCCUGUGUUGCGUUGCUAAUGCAUUCUUGAGAUUCUGGUCGUAAACUCUUGAUCUCG